AAGGACUGCGCCGCUAAUGAGAAAACGGACCGUCGCCGAGCACGCAAGAGCAGACAGCAAAAAGGAGAGAGGAGGAAAAAACGGAGAAAUGAUCUAAACCGUAAAAAAGAGAGUAGAAAGGGGAGGUGGAUAACGACGAAAAUCGUCACAUAUAUUCACUGGAAGGAUUACAAUUGCCCGAUAGUGGUGAAUAAAAUCCAACGGGGUUUUUUGAUGCUGUCCUCACGGAGAAUUGAGCUAACGGGCUUGCUGGUCUUCUGAACGAUGCAUAGGCUUCUGCUCCUGAGUUUGGCGUUGAGUUUUCACCGUGUGUGGACAGCGCGUUUCUCCCAGGAGCCAGCGGACCAGUCGGUUGUGCGGGGCCAGAGGGUGAUUCUGUCCUGUGUUGUGUUUAACUACUCAGGCAUUGUGCAGUGGACCAAGGAUGGACUGGCCCUGGGCAUCGGAGAGGACCUCAGGGCUUGGCCGAGGUACCGUGUGAUGAGGGUGCAGGAGCUGGGCCAGUAUAACCUGGAGAUCAUCUCAGCUGAGCUGUCUGAUGACUCCCUGUACGAGUGUCAGGCCCCAGACGCUGCGCUACGUUCUAGAAGAGCCAAACUCACUGUCCUCAUCCCUCCAGAUGACCCAGUGAUCGACGGGGCCCCUGAGGUGCUGUUGAAUGCAGGCGACCACUAUAACCUGAGUUGUGUGUCCCGUGGGGCCAAGCCCCCUGCCAUGAUAGAGUGGCAAAAAGACGGGCUCCCCGUAGACGGAGCAGUCAGCACCACCGAGGUGCUCCCAGACAGGAAGAGGGUGACGACCCACAGCUUCCUGCCCAUCCACCCAGUGGACACAGACACAGGGAGGAACUACAGCUGUGUGGCCAGCAACCUGGCUAUCCCCACUGGCAAACACACCACCGUCACCCUCAACGUACACCACCCCCCCAUGGUGACCCUGUCCAUCGAGCCCCGCUCCGUCUUAGAGGGGGACAGAGUCACCUUCACCUGCGCCGCCUCCGCCAACCCUCCUAUCAUGGGAUACAUGUGGGCUAAGGGUGGAGUGAUCUUGCAGGGGGCCAGAGAGAGUGUGUUCACCACCAAGGCGGACCACUCCUUCUUCACGGAGCCUGUGUCCUGCUCAGUGUUCAAUGCUGUGGGUAAAACCAACGUCAGCAUCCUGGUCGAUGUACACUUUGGUCCUAUCCUGGUAGUGGAGCCUAGGCCAGUGACCGUGGACAUAGACUCUGAUGUCACUCUGAACUGCAAAUGGGCUGGCAACCCUCCUCUCACCCUCACCUGGACGAAGAAGGGCUCCAACAUGGUCCUUAGUAAUAACAACCAGCUGUUCCUGAAGUCAGUGAGCCAGGCGGACGCUGGGCAGUAUGUGUGUAAGGCCAUCGUCCCCAGGAUCGGAGUGGGAGAGACAGAGGUCACUCUCACUGUCAACGGUCCCCCCAUCAUCUCCAGUGAGCCUGUUCAGUAUGCAGUGAGGGGGGAGAGAGGAGAGGUCAAGUGCUACAUCGCCAGCACACCUCCACCGGACAAGAUUGUGUGGGCGUGGAAGGAGAACGUGUGGGAGAAGGAGAAGGGGACUCUGUUGGAGAGGUACACGGUGGAGCAGAGUAAACCUCUGUCUGAGGGAGGGGCUGUGCUCUCCACCCUCACCAUCAACAACGUCAUGGAGGCUGACUUCCUGUCCACCUACAACUGUACCGCCUGGAACUCCUUCGGACCUGGGACCAUGAUCAUCACCCUGGAAGAGACCGAGGAGGUACCAGUGGGUAUAAUAGCAGGAGGGACUGUUGGCUGCACCAUCCUGCUGUUCCUGUGUUUACUAGUCCUGGUGCUCAUCUUCUACCGACAGCGCAAAGGCAGUCGUCGUGGGGUCACGCUGGGUAAACCAGACAUCAAGGUAGAGACAAUAAACAAGGAGACCCACAGUCUGGAGGAGGACUCCGGCAGCGUUUCCACAGCAUCACGCAUGGUCAAGGCCAUGUACUCGAUUCUGCCCUCUUCUGUGUCCUUCUCUCCCUCCUCUCAGCCCUUUAAAGACGAUAUAGAACUCAAGCAGGACCUGCGUAGCGAUACGCUAGACACUCGCCAGGAGUACGACCUGAAGGACCCCACCAACGGCUACUACAACGUGCGAGCCUCCACCCUUGACGAGGGUCGCCCUGCCUCCCGCUCCAUGCACUACUCCGACUACCGGCCCUCCAACACCCCAGGGGGAGCUGCUUCUGUCAGCAGCAGUGCUGGAGGAUCAGGGGCCACAGCCAGCGGAGGAGGCCCUCCAGGCCCAGGGACCCUCUCCACCCCCGGUCGCCCCAGUUGCUACGACCCCCGGCCCCCCUCCAGACUCUCCCACAACAGCUACGCCCAGUUCAACACCUUCACCCGGGCUGGGCAGAGCCAGCAGCCCCCUCCCAACCCCCCGCCGCAGACCAGCGACUUCCCUGGGGACUGCAGCCUGUUGGACUCCCCUCAGCUGGCCUAUGACAACUACGGCUAUCCCUCUCACCCCUAUACCCCCUACCGCAUGGGCUUUGCCCCGCCCAGUCUGGCUCCAUUGGAAACCGGGCCUUCCUAUGAGAUGUACGGAGUGGGGUCGGGGGUGGGGCCUGUGCCAGGGGUGGGGCCUGGUGUGGGGCUGGGGGCGACUCCGUCAGGGUCAGAGACUGGACUGGGGAAGUAUGGAAGCUCCACCCGCUUCUCCUAUACCUCGCAGCAGUCUGACUACGGCCACAGAGGACACACACAGAGGAUGCAGACACAUGUGUGAGAUGGAUAGCUGACAUACAGUGCACAGUCACAUAUGCGGUGAGGGUGCAUUCUCAUACUACACACUGUCACUCAGACGCACACAGAGGCCGCACACACGCAUUCACAUUCUCAAACAUACGCACAUAUACUGUACAUGUGAGCACACACACGCAGAUAUACACACAGACACACGCAGACACACACACACACAGAGGAGUUAGAAUUUCCCCACGAGACAGGGAGGGUGUGAGAAAGAGAGAGUCCAGAUCAGUGGAUAACGAGUGAAUUCCUGGUAAUCUAGAAUUCCCACAAUCCCAGUGUUCAGAUCUUCACUCUGAAAGAGCGGAAAGCAAAAGUCCAAUCAAGACCAGAGAAGACGGGACUAGAGAGAACAAAAGAUCUUUAGAUGUUAAUUAUCGAAAUAAAUAGCAUGUGUGCUAUGAAUUUAGAUUGUUGUGAAUGACGAGAGGGAGCGCUACAGGCAAUUUAUUCCAUAUUCGAUUGCCAAAUAUUACAGUAAGGCAUAUCAUGGAGAAAUUGACCGUCAAGUAUGGUACUCAUUCGAAGGGCGGGAGAAACCUCAACCAGUGGAGGGUCAUGACUGGCCGCCAUUUUGUUUUAGCUGGUUGUUGUUUUAUACAGUGAUUUUAGAGCACAUAUAUAUCCCACAUUGCUCCACUUCAUUGGCGCCAUUGGUGCUGGUUAGUGGGGUCAUCGUACGUUUUGCACUGCAUUACAAACAGUAUUCAUUGCUUAGAAAUCCAUCAUCUACAUAUAUCUGUAUUAUAUGAGUCUGUUUUUAUUUGCACACCAACAAACUAGAGCUUUCUAUUCUAUUUUUUAACAUUUUACAGAAUUAUUUUGGUCAUAUUUCUGUGAAGGAAGUGUCUGUGGACCAAGAUGUUCAAACUUGAGAGUGUUUAGUCUUUGUUUGGGUGAUAUUCACCUCAACAAACAAAGAGAAACACAAAGAAGUAUUUGAGUACCUGUUUUUGUCAGCCAUGAUGACUGGCAAGAUUCAGGAAGGGGAGGGUAUACAAGAACCUUUUUUCCAAGUGUCCAUGUUUGCUCUUUAUUUGAUGUAAAUCUGGGGUUACAAGCAUUUAAAUGCAGUAGAUACCAUGCAGGAAGUCCUUAUAUGGGAAGGUGUUCAGGCCUUGAGGCAGUCCGGGCGUAUGGAACUACAGUAUAAGCCUGCUAGCCUGGCAUUCAAACUGAAUUUUCUACGUUUCACCAUUUAUAUGAACUACAUAUUUUAUAUGGUGAAACAUAGCGGAUUCCGCUUGGAUCCAGGCUAUAAACCUUAGUUUGGUGCCCCCUGCUGAAAUAGAGAGAGGUGACGUGGUAGCCUGGUUGCAGAUCUGGUUAUGCUGUCUUGCCCACUCCUACGGUCAUUGUCACGCUUGCGAACAAACAGCACCUGGGACCAGGCUAGUGAGAUGCUGUGUAUAAGAGUGGCCUUAGGGAACAUGCGGUAAUGCUUUCAUCAUUCAUUCCUCCUCACACACAAUCAGCCACGAGGGCCAGAGGAGAAUGUGUGUGGAGAGGUUCAAUGAAGGUUUGUCUACACUAUUGAUAUACGGAUAGUGGAGUGCUAUUGUGCGAAUGUUUGUGCGUGAAAGAGAGAGUGUGUGUAUGCACAUCUAUUUGUACAGUGUUUGUAUAGGUGUGUGUGUGUGUGUGUGUGUGUGUGUGUGUGUGUGUGUGUGUGUGUGUGUGUGUGUGUGUGUGUGUGUGUGUGUGUGUGUGUGUGUGUGUGUGUGUGUGUGUGUGUGUGUAAUGCAUAGACAUACAGUUCUCUACCUGCGUGUGAAUGUGACUAUUGUAUGCAUGUCAGUGUGUACAGUAUGUGUGUGUGCAUGUCUGUAUGUGUUCAUGUGUGUGAGUGCGUUUCAGUAAUAUGUCCAUAUCAUUUCUCUUCACGAUCCUGUUCCAAUACUUUUAUACCUCUGGUAGGACUGUAUCCUGUAUUAUUGUGUCUUUGAAUUUAGAAAUACAAUGUUUAUCUUAUUGUACUGUUCUACGUAGCAGAAAAAAAACUGUUCAAAAGAUGUACAACAGAAAGUGAUCAAAUUUUCAUUUUUUAAUUUCAUUAUCUCCAAUAUUUUUAAAAAAUGGUAUGUAAUUAUUUUUCCACAGUAUAACAGAAAUAAAAAGCACUGUUUUUUAUAAAAUAAAUCA